ACAGAACUCUGUCCGCUCCCAGCACAGCAGAGAGAGAACAGCCUCGGAGCUGAGCGGACAACAUGAAGGUCUCUCUAUUGGUGCUCUUCCUCUUUCUUCAUACUCCCUCCUGCUUAUCUCAGUCUCUUGGAAUCCGGGGAGAUGCUCUGGAAAAGCCCUGUGCUCAGCAGCCUCUGGACUGUGAUGACAUCUAUGCCCAGGGUUAUCGAGCCGAUGGGGUUUACCUUAUCUACCCCUCAGGACCCAGUGUUCCUGUGCCAGUCUUCUGUGAUAUGAACACCGAAGAGGGCAAAUGGACGGUUUUCCAGAAGAGAUUCAAUGGCUCCGUCAGCUUCUUCAGAGGCUGGAAUGACUACAAGCUGGGCUUUGGUCGGGCCGACGGGGAGUACUGGCUGGGGCUGCAGAAUCUCCACCUCCUGACUCUGAAGCAAAAGUAUGAGCUGCGUGUAGACUUGGAAGACUUUGAGAACAAUACGGCCUAUGCCAAGUACACAGAAUUCUCUAUUUCCCCCAAUGCUGUCAACGCAGAGGAAGAUGGCUACACUCUCUAUGUAACUGGUUUUGAAGAUGGGGGCGCAGGUGAUUCUCUUUCCUACCACAGUGGCCAGAAAUUCUCCACCUUUGACCAAGACCAGGACCAAUUUGUGCAGAAUUGUGCAGCACUCUCAUCUGGAGCCUUCUGGUUCCGGAGCUGUCAUUUUGCCAAUCUCAAUGGCUUCUAUCUGGGGGGGACCCACGUUUCCUAUGCCAAUGGGAUCAACUGGGCCCAGUGGAAAGGCUUCUAUUAUUCCCUUAAGCGUACCGAGAUGAAGAUUCGCCGUAUUUGAAGGCAGCAA